CUGUGGUAAACCACAUGUUCGACUCGUGCCUGUCCCAGGGUGAGAUCAAGCAGGCCAUUGGAAUCGCGUUUGAGGCUCGCCGUAUCGAUGUGUUCCAACGAGCUGUAAAGCACUGCAACGGUGAUGCCGUCAAUGCCAUGCUGGAGUAUUCCCAACAAAUAGCCCUCUCAUUGGUGCUAAACAGACAGUUCAGGAAUAAAGUACUACAGACAAUUGUGGAUUUGUAUCAG